CCGCGCAGGUCUCCUGGAAUUGUUGCAAUCCAGCCGGCAUGUCUCAGGCUGAGUUUGAGAAAGCUGCUGAGGAAGUUAAGAACCUCAAGACCAAGCCAACAGAUGAAGAGAUGCUAUUUAUCUAUAGCCACUACAAACAAGCAACUGUGGGCGAUGUAAAUACAGAACGGCCUGGAAUGAUGGACUUCAAAGGCAAAGCCAAGUGGGAUGCCUGGAAUGGACUGAAAGGGACUUCCAAGGACAAUGCCAUGAAAGCUUACAUCGCCAAAGUAGAAGAACUGAAGGGAAAAUAUGGAAUAUAAGGGACUUGAUUGGGCUGCCAGCCACACAUUUCACCUAAACUUUUACAAUGCCUUGCUUUUCUAAUACUGUGGAUAAAGUGAAAUAAUGAAAAAAUAAAUGAAUAAA